UAAGGUCAACAUUGGAUUGGUAAAGCAAGCACAAAGAAAGUGUAUUGUGUAUAAAGUAUAUUUAAAAUGUCUGUCACACACACAUGAUUAUCUGCGGAUUUUUAUGGAAUAUAUGCCUAAUUCUGGAUUUAUAAACUUCGCUUAAAGUUUGGAUAUAGUGCGCGCAAAUGGAUUCUAGAUUUCCACAAGGGGUUGGAGGCCCCUACCAGAGGUUUGGUGAGCGGAUGCACAUGCCGGAUAAGGAGCUUAACGACCUACUGGACUUCAGCGCGUUCAACGACCCAUUUCAUAAGAUGUUCUCCCCACCAGUAUCCAGUAACAUGAAGGGCCCUGGCCAAAGCAAUAUGGAUAUGUUUAAUGCAUACAAGCAAGGUGAGGAGGUGGGGUCUGCCUGGUCACAUGGUCAACCACCGGGGUACAACGACGCACGGAUGUAUCAAGAACACCAGUACGGAAACCAACAGCAGGAUAGCAUGAGCCCUUACAUGAACAACAAUGAUAUUCUAAACAAAAAUUCGGAGCUUCCAUAUUCACGAGUUGGCUACUCACGGGACAGUUUAACUCCACAGGGCAUGAUGGGUAAUUCCUCGAUGCCAAUGUCGCCAGGGCAACUGUCGCCUCGGAAACAGAUGUCCCCAUACUACCAGAAUUAUAAACCAUCACCGAUGGACGAAUCUAUCCGGGGUCGAAGAGGAACAGGUCAGGGGGUAGGAAACAAGCGGCCAAAGGGUUCGGUGUAUUCUCCGGGCCCAGACGACUAUGGCCAGGAUUCUCCGGGGCGAUCCUUCACCUCACCAAAACCCAUGUAUCCUACAGAUAACUACUUCAUGGAACUUCUAUUUACAGAUGGGGUAUCCCAAGGAUCCAAUCCUUGGUCCAAUGGUGGACCCACAUCUACAUACCCCAGCUCCAUGUUGCCUGGAAACUUCGCUCAUUCACAUUCAUCACACAGCAACCUACAUCCCCAUGAAAUGGGCUAUUCUCAAUCCCACCACCCCCUAUCACCAAGUCAGGACAACCUCAUCAACCCCAGUCUUCCGCCGAUGUCAACAUUCAGGGGCCAGCCCCUACCGCCGUCGUCUGCAACGUACACGAACCCUUCUUCCAGCCACACUGGCGGCAACCAAGGACAGGGGUCGUCACAAACUGGGGACGCCCUAGGAAAAGCCUUGGCAUCAAUCUACUCCACUGAGCACACUGGGAGCAGUUUUGGCUCCAACCCCUCCACUCCGGUGUCUUCACCCUCUCCAUUAACAGCUACCGCCAACCAAUGGCAGAGGUCGUCACAAAAUUCAUCUACCUCACCUCAGUUUGAUGGACCCUUACACUCAUUGGGUCAGAUGGGUGAAAGGCUAGAUGACGCCAUCCACGUCUUACGUAAUCAUGCUGAGGGUCAGAUGCCAGGAAUUCCGGGCCACCCGGGAAUGCAAUCGAGUCACAUGUUGUCUGGAAAUGGUGGCGGUAACGGUUCCCAUAGUAACGGGAUCGUGGGGAGUAUGUCCGGAUAUGGAAACAUGAUGGGUGCAGGCCAUGGCGGUAUUGCAGCUAGUGAAAUGGGUGGGCCCCCUCCACUGACAGACUCCCAAGGGUUGGCCAGUUCCCAUGACAACCAAAAGCCUAUACGAAAGUCGACCAGCAUAGCGGACGCCAAGGAGAUCAAAGCUGAGAAGCAUGAUGACGCCAAGUCAGACAUCUCCACUGAUAGUAAACCAAGCACAACGACCGAAAAAACAAAAAUCACCCCACCCCCUUCCAAACGAUCAAGAAAACAACAAGAAGAGACGGCUAGAAGAGACAGUGUCACAGGAGAUGAUGAUGGAAGUGGUGAUGAUCCAGAUGAAAGUCCGGAGUCGAAGGCAGAGCGGGAACGGUUACGUCGUCAGGCAAACAAUGCACGGGAGAGAGUGCGGGUACGGGAUAUUAACGAGGCUUUUAAAGAGCUAGGAAGUAUGGUUACAAUGCAUUGUGGAACGACGCAGCCACUGACUAAGUUGAUGGUUUUGCAACAAGCCGUAAAUGUAAUAACGACCCUCGAAGCUCAAGUCAGAGAACGAAACCUGAACCCGAAGGCAGCUUGUUUGAAGAGGAGGGAGGAAGAGAAGGCAGAUGAUCUCCCAGGGCGACCAAUGAAUGUCAACGCUGAAGAUUUACAGCAGGGGAAUAUGGGGCCCAAGUGUCAACCGCAGGAUGGUAAUAAACCAGGAGGUUGGUGGUAGUAGAUCGUCGAGGGGCCAGCGAAAUGGGAUUCAUAGCAUGCAGUCUCAAACAGGAACAGUCAUGAUACACAAUUCUUUACCCCACCCACCUCAAAAAUAGUGCAAACGAUUCCUUCAUUGAGACUAUGAUUAAAGUUAUAAAAAUUGUGGUUCUCUCUGUUGAAAUUUAGCAGUCUGGUGAUUUAAACAAGUGUUUUGUCUCAGUAUUGGAUAUUGCAUUAUUUGUUUUGAGGAACAAUUAUUUUAGGCAAAGGAAGAAUGGACUUCCAAAUAAUGAAUAUUGGGUUUAUGCAUCCGAGAAGAAAAUUUAAGUUUUGUGUCUGCAAAUGAAACAAAAAAUAUUGAUGUGAAUGGUCAAGGAAUAUAAAAUUAGGUUGAAAUCUGUGAGCAAACAUUUGAUGGUGGUGGAAGAGUUAAAAUAAAGAUAUGCAUAUUUACUGUACUGACUGUACUGCAUGGUACAAACA